AUGGACAUAACCUCGGCCUGGCUUCGAGCCGAGACAAGCCAGAGAAACACUCCUUAUGAGUUCUUCUACGAAUGCGCGAGGAGCUACAUGGAAUUCCACAAGGAUCCUGACCAACGGCUCACCGCCCAGUGGCAACAAACGAAGAAGUUGACACCAUGCCAGCUACUUCUGAUCGUCCAAGAGGUAUUGGUCGAAGAUGAGCGCUAUGUCAACUUUGAUCUUUACAGGUUCGCACGACGGUGCAUUGACUUGACCAUGGAGUGCUGCGACACAUUUUUACGUCGGGAAGGAUUCCCCUCGAAGAUUGAUGUCCGACGGCCAAUGCCUUAUGUCGUUGCUGGCGAGAUUCUUUGGGCGGCCGCGGGUGCAGCAAAUCGGGGUCUUGACAGGUCAAAGACUUCGCUCUGCGCUGCAGCAGAAAGCAUGCGAGGCUUCAUCGAUCUACAUGGCCGGGAAGGCAUCGAGCAAGCAACUCAACUGUCGAGCGGCCAUAUCCCACCGGAUCAAAGACCCCUCAUUCGUUACAGCAACGCAUUGAACAAGACUGGGGACCUGGCGUCAUUCUCUGGCCUCCUGAAAGUCGAGUUUGAGCCAAUCCUUGAGUCUGCCUAUGUUGCAACGUCAGCCGAAGCAGAAAUUUUGGAAGAAGCUGUCCGUCCGUGGAGAGAGUGGCUAAAGCAAGGACCGUUCAUCCAUGACAAAGUUGACCAAGUCAUCGCCAUCGUCAGCUCUAUCGCAGACUCUCAGCUUGAGGAGGCCGGCGUUGAUCGAUUCGCCCACGUUAGUCUCGGUCAAGAUCUAACGUUGCUGGUGCGAAGUAUGGGCCGUGAAGAAUAUAUGCUCUCUACCUGUCCGGUUGCGAUGGGGAUUCUUCAGAGGGGAGUAUAUGUGAUGAAUGGAGACUUCCUGGUUAUGCCAUCGAUCCGUUUGCAGGUAUGA